AACAAACAAAACAGGGAUAUCUGAAUGUAAAUCUAAUAAAUAUAGCUUAAAAGUCCGAUGUACAGGAUCAGAUGUAUGGUCCUAUUGGCAGGAGUCAAUAUUGUUGCAUACAGGAUUUGGAAAUAGUUUUUCUGUUGGAUCGUGGAUUAGCACAAAGAGAAUAUGGUGAAAAUAGAUGCAGAAUGGAAACUCAAGUUAUGUGAAAUUCCAAAGAAACAUUAGUUCCCUCGCUAUGGAGGAUGCUAAAGAAACUGCCAAACUAUUUCUUGCCAUCGCUAAUGGAAAAGUUCGGCAAAUAGACAGACUUUUGGGACAAUUAGACGACAUCAAUAUCCGAGAUGCAGACAGCAAAACACCUUUAAUGUACGCAGUGUGCUGCACGAAUGACGAAGUACGCACACACGUAGUACGCAUUUUAUUACGACACGGUGCUGAUGUAAACGCGCAAGAUAUGAAUGGACAGACAGCUCUCAUGUUUGCUUGCAUGGAAUGUGAAAGAAGUGAUAUUGUGCGAUUGAUAUCAAGAAAUAAAAAAUGUGAUUUUAACAUCCAAGACAAUGAUGGUUUUACUGCAGUGAUGCAUUCCAUAAAUUCAUCUAAUCUUUUGGCAUUGCGCAUGCUUGUUGAUCUCUCAACUAAACAAGAUGUUGAUCUCAAAAUUCGCAAUGCUCAUAGUUUGAAUGCGCUUGAGUUGGCUGUAAAGCUUCAAAUGCCCGAAUUUUGUAAGUGUUUGUUGAAAGAGGGAAAUGUUAAAAUUGGUUCUGUGCGCGAUCAAAAGGGACUUCAUAUAUUACUAGACAGAGACACAAAAUUAAGCAACGCAAAUAUGAAAAUGACAGUGGACGUUCCUUCUCUUCAAAUACGAAGACCAAGCACUCCAAUAUCUAACAGCUUCAGGAGGGAGUCCACAUUUGAUCGCGAUAUGAAUCGUUUAUUGGAUGAUGAUGAAAGUGGAAGGGGAUCAGUGGGACCGAAGAUCCGGGAGCCACUGACUCCAAAUACGAGGAGACAACAGACAGAUUGGGCAGAGUCUCCCCGCGCCCUUCGUCGUCCUCUGAAACCCAUAGCUGGACGAGACAUUCAAGUGACCGCUAAUAAUUACAUUCCAAGCUUACAGCCCGACUCCCCGGUGUUUGGACACAGGACGAAACUUCCCAGUAUCCCUAGUGGAAAACGAUUGUACCUUGUGUCUACCCCUCGGGGAACUAUUGAAAAGGUCCAAGAAAUCGUUUAAUUAUCGAAUAAUAUAUCUUCAGUUAUAUAUUGUUAUUGUUAAUAAUGGGAAAUAUUUACUUAUUAUUUUCUUUUUUGCUUCAGGUAUUGAAAUACUUAAAAAUCGUUAAAGAGAGAAUGAUUGUAUUCAAUGAACUCUUGUCGUUAAACCAUGUGAACUUUUACAAAUAUGUUUUUGUUUCUCUUAUUAAGUUUUAUUUUUCGCAAUAACCUACGCAAUCUGAGUAAGACUUAAUUUAUAUUCAUUGUUAACACGAACAUACACGUAAUGUUUGGUGUACUUUAUUAUUUAUGUAACAUUUGUGCAAACAUUUAACCGAGGAUUAUUGCUGGUUAAGCUACGAAAAUGACGCCAUUAUCUCUGUUUUGUUAAAAUCUGAACUUUAUGAAACAAAUAAAAUCUCUUAAAAUAA